CUUCAUUUGUGACGGAAGCCGACACACUGCGGCUCUCCAGAGAGUGAAUGGUGAAAGCUCCGAGACUUGAGUCGCUGUCUUCGCAAAGCCCAUGGCAAGCUGCGUUAAGUCCGAUUUCCCAUGUAUGUCCUGUUGGGUUGUUAUUAAAGAGCCCGUCGUGCUGCUGUGCAGUCACAGCUUCUGUCGUGCGUGUGUGCAACAGUGGUGGGAGGAGAAAGGUGAUAGUUCGUGUCCAGUCUGUGGGAAAAAGUCUCGAUCAGUGGAUCCACCCCGAAACAUGUCGCAGAAUGUGUUUCAGACCCUUCCGCAAGCCUCGGUGGCUUCAGAGGACAUCUGCAGCUUGCACAAAGAGAAACUUACGCGCUUCUGUUCGGAGCACAAUGAGCCGGUGUGCCUCCGAUGCAAAGAUGAACAAAUCCACGCUGGCCACAAAUUCCAUCCCAUCAAUAAAGUUGCGAAAAGUCACAAAGACAAACUCCAGGAGGGCCUGCGGGAUGCGAAGAAAAGGCUGAACGAUUACAAUGAGAUCAGGACUGGCUGCGAUGAAAACGCGGCAUAUAUCAAGACCCAAAGGGAGCAGGUGGAAAACCAGAUUAAGAAGGAUUUUGCGGAGCUUCGCCACUUCCUUCAAGUCGAGGAGAAGGCCAGGUUGUCUGCCGUGAAGGAGGAAGAGCAGAAGAAGACUCGGGCGGUAAAGGAGAAGUUAAAGGCACUCGACAAAGAGAGGGCCGCUCUCUCCGACACGAUCAGGAGCGCAGAGGCACUGCUGAAGUCGGACCCCGUUUUCUUCCUGAAGAACUUCAAGACGGUGAUGACCCGAAUCCAGAAGCUGCCCGACAGGCCCGAGCAACUCCUACGCGGCGCUCUACUGGACGAAGCCAAGCACGUGGGCAAUCUCAAGUUCAGCGUGUGGGAAGGAAUGAAAGAGAAGGUGUCCUACAGUCCCGUCAUUCUGGACCCAAACACGGCCCACCCAGCUCUCAGCUUAUCUGGAGAAAUGACCAGCGUGAGUUUUGGAAAAGGACAGCCGCGUCCAAGCAACCCCGAGAGGUUCAAGCGCAGCAAUGUGCUCGGUUCCGCUUUGGCCACGGGAACGCACACGUGGGAUGUGGAGGUGGGCGACAACGCUGACUGGGAAGUCGGCGUGGCGUGGGGGGACCCUUGCUCCCCAGACGCCAUGCAAACGAGAACCAUCGCCUUUUGUUCCGGCGAAUACAAACAGUUUGAUGGCCGGUUCGGUUCCUGGCAUCCGCCUGUGAAACUGCAGAGGAUCAGACUUAACGUGGACACUAAAAAAAAAUCGCUUUCAUUCUCCGAAUCGCUCACAAACAAGGAAUUGUGCAAAACCAACCAUUGGCCACCUGUAGCUGGCAACGUGAAAAUGUUUCCUUACUUUCGUACAAGGGAUAAAAAUCCUCUGAAAAUAAUUCCACUCGCACGUCGUGUUACGACUCAAAAUCUGUGUUGAUGUUGGAGAUGUUUUGUGCCCACAUUUGUCAACAGUCAUUUUGUAUUAAGUCUUAUUACCCACUCGAAUGGGUACUUCACAUCGAUUCACAUCAAGAAACAAACAAGCAAAUUACAAUUAAGAUUGCCCAACAACAUUUCAAGGACUCUUAUCAUAGUGUCUCGUUGUGGUUUGCCAAAAUCCAAUAAAUCCUAAGUACCGUGAAGUGCAGUA